GACCUGCAGGAUUUCCGUGUUUACGGAAGUCAUUACACGCGCUUCUCUCCAACGGGGUGAGCGGCGCGCGAUGGCUUUCAUUAGGAAAAAGGAGCGAUCUAAAGAAAGAUUCUCGCUGUUGCUAUUGGAUCUGGAGGAGUAUUAUUUUGAACAGCACACAGCCUAUCAGCUGACCAGCAGAUGCUCAUCCCACAACAGUGCCCCCUGCAAGUUUCGAGGAUCUUUUAAAGUCUGUUCGAAAUCUGUCAUAUUUGAGCCAGAGGAUGCAUCUCAGCCCAUACUAAAGAUCCCCUUAAAGGACUGCAGGAGGAUUGAAGCAACAGAGGACAAUGAGCGUAAUCCUUUUACAGAAAGUAAGCCUCCAUGUAUAUCAAUGGAAAGCAGACAGAUUUACCUGAUUAAAGAUGGGAAUGUUGUUGCACCGUAUAAAAUUGAAAGGAGCGAUCAAGACUUCCUUUUCCAACUGGAGAUAUCAAGAAAAACUGAGGAUGUUGUGCAGACUUUACUGCAGUUGCACAGAGCAUCCUGCCUGGAUAAGUUGGGGGAUCAGACUGCCAUGAUAGCCGCAAAUUUACAGUCCAGAUUGGCAAGAACCUCAUUUGACAAAAACAGCUUCCAGAGUGUCUCUGAGCUGCCCCACAUGGAGUGUGAAGCAGAGAUGAUCUCUCCUCUGGUGACCAACCCAGGCCAUGUGUGCAUCACUGACCAGACCCUGUACUUCCAACCACUCAAUGGCUACCCUGACUCAGUGGUGCAGAUUCGGCUUCACAGUGUCAGACGCAUCUACAAGAGGAGGCAUGGAUUGCGCCCACUGGGUCUGGAGGUGUUUUGCUCUGAGACGGACCUUUGUUCAGACAUUUACCUGAAGUUCUACCACACCAAAGACAGAGACGAGCUCUACUACUACAUUGCCACCUUCCUGGAGAACCACAUGGCGGAGCACACAGCAGAGAGCUACAUGCUGCAGUGGCAGAAGGGUCACAUUUCCAACUACCAGUACCUGCUGCACCUCAACAACCUGGCUGACCGCAGCGUCAAUGACCUGUCUCAGUACCCCGUCUUCCCCUGGGUCAUCAGCGACUACAGCAGCCCACGGCUGGACCUGAUGAAUCCGGCUACAUUUCGUGACUUCAGUAAACCUAUUGGAGCACUAAACACCGAGAGACUGGACAGAUUACUAGCACGCUAUAGAGACAUGCCAGAUCCUCGCUUCAUGUACGGAAGUCACUACUCAUCUCCAGGAUAUGUGCUCUUCUAUCUAGUUAGAGUGGCUCCAGAGCACAUGCUGUGUCUUCAGAAUGGACGCUAUGACCACGCUGAUCGAAUGUUCAACAAUAUUGCAGAGACAUGGAAGAACUGUUUAGAGGGAGCCACAGACUUUAAAGAGUUAAUUCCUGAGUUUUAUGGGAAAGAGUCAAGUUUCCUGCAGAAUGAUCUGAAUCUAAACCUGGGGAAGAGGCAAGGGGGUUGCUGUGUGGGAGAUGUAGUUCUUCCUCCUUGGGCUGCAGAUGCACAGGAUUUCUUGGAGAAGUUACGCAGUGCUUUGGAGAGUCAGUAUGUAUCGGAGCACCUGCACGAGUGGAUCGAUCUGGUGUUUGGUUAUAAGCAGAAAGGCAGUGAGGCUAUUGCUGCUCACAACGUGUUCCACCCAUUAACAUAUGAAGGAGGAAUUGACUGUGACAGCAUUGAGGACCCAGACCAGAAGAUCGCUAUGCUGACUCAGAUAUUGGAGUUCGGUCAGACGCCACGGCAGCUCUUCACCACUGCUCAUCCUCAGAGGAUCACCCCCAGGUUCCACAACGUCUCCACAGCAACCACAUCCUCCAGUGAACUCUCACCACUGUCGCCCAGCGAAGACUCAUCAUUUGAAGAUCUGACAGAAGAGAGCAAGAAAAUGGCUUGGAACAACAUGAGCAAACUGAGUCUUCAAUCCAGCCACAAAAUUCACAAAGAGGCUGUGACAGGAAUUGCAGUAACACGCAGUGGAACAGCCAUUUUCUCCACCUCACAAGACUCCACUCUGAAGAUGUUUUCCAGGGACACAAAUGCUCUACAGAGGAGUGUGUCAUUCUCUAACAUGGCCUUAUCUUCCUGUCUGAUGUUGCCUGAGGAUCAGACUGUUGUCUGCUCUUCGUGGGACAAUAAUGUAUAUUUCUACUCCGUGGCGUUUGGGAGGAGGCAGGACACUCUCAUGGGUCAUGAUGACGCUAUCAGCCAGAUGUGCUGGAAGGAUGACCGGCUGUAUACGGCGUCAUGGGACUCCACUGUUAAGGUGUGGCGGUGUGUGGCCGCUGACAUCAACAGCAACAAAAGGAGCCAGUUUGAGCUGCUGGCGGAGUUUGAGCAUGAUGCCGGGGUGAACUGCAUAGCUGUCAGCCCAGCAGGCACACUUCUAGCAUCAGGCACUAAAGACGGCAUCCUCAGCAUCUGGGACAUCGGAAGCUUGUCCCCCGUGCAUCAGUUGAAUUGCCACUCCGGCAAAAUCCACCAAAUGGCAUUCAGCCCUGACAGUAGACACAUCCUGAGCGUAGGAGAGGACUCCAGCCUGAAGGUCACAGAUGUCCAGACAGGCAUGCUCAUCUCCACCAUUCCAGCAGAAGAGGAGCAAAGGUGCUUUUGUUGGGAUGGCAACACAGUACUGUCAGGUGGACAGUCAGGUGACCUCAGAGUGUGGGACUUGCUCAGUAGCAAAGUGACUCAAAAACUGCCUGCUCACACAGGUGCAGUCACUGUCAUGUGGAUGAGCGAACAGUGCAGCACUAUCAUCACAGGUGGAGAAGACAAACAGAUCAUAUUGUGGAAACCACAUUAUUAACACACACACACACACACACACACACACACACACACACACACACACACACACACAUACA